CCGCCGACGACUGCAAGAGAUAAGACUGGAGAACGUUUUCUCACUGCACCACACAUGUUUCCAGGGCAAUGCAUGUUCAUGAACGAUGAUGUUCUCCUAUGUCUUUUCGACAGCAUCCUCCUUCUUUCAUCUCCGGGCCACGGACGAUGAACACAAUGCCACAGACAAUGUGCCUGUCCAUCCAAAACAUAUUACGUGGUCACCACAACCCUAUCCAUCAGCUGAAGAACAAAAAUCUUGCGACACUUUCAAGUCUUCGCCGAAUGAUGAUAUAUUUUACACCCCAGAAAUGCUUCAAGUCCUUUCCAGUGACGACCUGUAUUGUAUUCUAGGUGUUACUAGGUCCCAAACAAUCGACAGAGUGACCAUAAGACGCGCCUAUCUUUCUCGCAGCAGGGUUUGCCAUCCAGACAAAUUUCCCGGAAAUCCCGACGCGACGUCCGCCUUCCAAAAAGUCUCCGUCGCAUACGAUGUCCUCAGCAAUCCGUCCUCGAAACGCAUUUACGACUCCCGUCCUGCACACUCACACCUUAAAUAUGACUUCUUUACCCAGUCCUCGCCCCAUGCGGAUGAAACGCUGAAAGGUGUUCUCUUGAGCGUCUUCAGCGAAUUUCUCGAAGGUGAUUUUGAGAUGAUACGCACAUUACUCAGGGCUAUCGGUGAUCUAAAUCCAUCACUUGAAUUGGGUGACGACGGUGUAAACUCUGUUCUUUCGGUCCUCCUGAGUGUCCGUGAACGCAUCUUGACCUGCCGCACCUGUGUUGUUGCCCUCCACGGCGAGCUUUGUCGCGCUGUAGAGAUACAAAGCGCCUUCCGCCAGCUUCCUUAUUUUGAUAUCGCUGGCAGAUCACGGCUCACUAUCCAACUAACACGCAUCACCAUCUCCCUACCUGUUACUCUCGAAAAUGCCAUGCAAGCUCAAUACACUAAUCCCACCUCUGUUCAUCCUACGCACCAUGACCGCGACAAGGACACAAAUAAAUUUGCCCUGCUUCCCCGGCGUGUAGUUCUUCUCAUCAGGGCCAUUGACGUAGUCCUGGACCGUAUGGAACGGAUCCUUGGAUAGACUUGGCAUUCUUCAAACACUGAUUUUACUGACAAUUAUAUAUGCACGUUUCAUUUGUCUUUCACAUUGUAGAGUUUGGCCUAACUGCAUAGACUACUUUUAUAGACAAUACUCCUGAUGUUCUGCCACCUGCAUGUAUUCAUACCACACGCC